GAAAAAGAAGAAGAAGAAGAAGGACCUUGAGCGACAGAUGGAAGCAAAUAUCAGGCGUGAAACCGAGGCUGAAGUUCAGAAGGAUGUAGCCACUAGUUCAUCACGAUCCUAUACCGAGGCAGAGAAGAGAUUUUUAGAGCGAAAAAGAAAAAUGGAAGCUGAGCGCAUCUUGAAGAAAGCUAGCUUGACACACAAGGAAAAAGUGGAAGAAUUUAACAGACAUUUGGAUUCUCUUACUGAACACUUCGAUAUUCCCAAAGUAUCAUCAAGUGAAGUGGGAAGAAUUAUAUAUACAUUUUUUUUUACAAUUAUAUUUUUGUUUCUUUCCCAAUUUUUCCCCUUAUGCUCCUGGUAAUAUUGGGAAAAAAGGUAACUAUUGAGUAAUUAUUAUUAUUUUUUUUUUGCAAAUUCAUUUUAUUCAUCCUUUUAAUUGUUAGUUUCAUAUUCACAGUUAUGCAAUAGAUAAAAAGGGACAAGGCAAAUAGAAGCCCAAUGUGUAUAUUCUGUUCAUUGUAUGAUGUAUUGAGAAAAGGAAUAUUUUUCAGGUACCACUGAAGAUUUUAACUAAGUUGGAUGUAAUAAAAGCAAAAAUGUA